GCUUUGGUCCAUUUAUGUGCACGCGCGACACGCUCGCGCAGAAGGCUCGUGGUGACUUCUGUGAGAGAGGAGCACAGCGUCUGCGGCUUGUUGAAGGUAAAUUGACCUGCAGUGCACUCUUAAAAUGGCAGCCUCUGAAGAUAUCCAGGUCAAGGAGCUUGACAAGCGGGCCUCUGGCCAAGCCUUUGAGGUCAUCCUUGCUGCUCCUGCCCCAGAUGCCAAGGGUGACUUCCCUCUGUCUCCUCCCAAGAAGAAGGACGUCUCGCUGGAGGAAAUUCAGAGGAAGCUGGACGCUGCAGAGGAGAGACGCAAGAACCAUGAGGCUGAGGUUCUGAAGCACUUAGCUGAGAAGCGUGAGCAUGAAAAGGAAGUGCUACAGAAAGCUAUGGAAGAGAACAACAACUUCAGUAAGAUGGCAGAGGAGAAGCUCAAUCAGAAGAUGGAGGCCAACAAAGAGAACCGCACAGCCCUUAUGGCAGCCAUGAACGAGAAGUUCAAGGAGAAGGACAAGAAGUUGGAGGAGGUGCGAAAGAACAAGGAAACCAAAGAGGGCACUUCAGAAGACUGAAAGUUACAAACAGGGGAUUGUAUAGGGUUUUUUACGUAUCCAAAGAUUGAUUUAUUUUUUGUUCAGCCAGUAUUUUUGUUGUGUUCACUACCCACCUUUUUGAAAUAAAUUCCACUUUGUGAAACUUUCAAUUUUCCUGCUAUAAGUGUACUUGGGCUGGUUUUACAUGUGGCUCCCCCCCCCCCUUGUUGAGUCUAAUCCAUUUAAUAUGUAGCUUGUCAGUGCAGCUUCUGCCCUUUUUGAACAUUAGCAGUGUGUACUCAUCCUUUUUGAGGAAGCAUGUUUCUAUGCAUAGGUCUUUUAUCCCUGCCUAUUUCAUAGUGCAUUUUGAAAAUGUCCCUGUGAACCACACCUGUCUUCGGCACUUACUGUAUACUGAAGUAGCACAAGGUUUGGUUGAGGCGUUGGCCAUUAUACAUCCAGGUGUUAGUGCAGCUUUGCUACCCAGAUUCUGCUAGUUUGCUCCUGCAGGUCAUGUUUUGUGCCGCUGCUGAUUCUUCGCCUUUAUUAAAAAUAUGGGGUCGUCUUCAAAGCACAUGACUUCUUGCUGUAUAGCUGUGAAUUAACAUGCCAGACGUGUAAAUGGAUGCCAUCUAGAACAUUUCUGAACAGGGGCCUACACAUGGAAUGCAAAAGAGCAAUACACUUCAGCAUCUCAAUAGAUACAGUGGCUAGUUGACUUGAACUGUUGUACUAAAACAAAUAAAAUAAAUAUAAACAACA